CGCUGCAACUUUGGGCUCCCGGGACCGGCGGCACCGAAUAUGGAACUCUCGCGCUGAUUCUCAAAUCCAACUUGAGGGAAAAAGUUCUGUGGAGUUUGUGUUCAUACAUGAAGCUGAAGCAGGAGUAAAGCGAGGAGUUUAGAGUUCUUAUCUGCAUCUGCAUCUGUGUGAGGGGAGAAAGAGGGGCUUUAUUGGAAAUUCUCGAACCCCCAUCGGGACGCUCUCGGCUUUCAGUUUUCCAGGGAAAACUCGAGUUUGCUGGGAUCUUGUGAGGCCACACAAACUGAUGAAGGCACAAUCGAGUCUCCAAAGACUGGCUCCAACAGUGCGAUCCCUGUACAGUGAAGUGUCAUCAGUGUGUGUGGCGCUCCCCAGUGAUCAACCGCCGGAUAGCAGAGAGAUGUAUAACCCCUCUAUGACCCCUGGAGCCUGUAUGGACCCCUACAUGCGGCCGCCACACGCACCCCCACCACACAGCAUGAUGGGACACCGUGGAAUGCCCCCGCCAGAGGGUGGCAGUGGCGCCCCCUACUGUAACCAGAGCAUGAUGACGUCUCAUCACAAUCUCUCACAUAACCAGCCAGGAUUAGAACACAUGGGCAGAGGAGACGCCUCUUGUUUCUCUACGCCUCGCUCCAUGCUGAAGUUGAGUAAGAAGCGCGCUCUGUCUAUCUCACCCCUGUCUGACGCCAGCGUAGACCUGCAGACGGUUAUACGCACAUCUCCCAACUCACUGGUGGCGUUUGUCAACUCUCGCUGUGGACAAAAUGCUGCCAGCUCAUACGGGCAUCUGUCUUUGGGCACCAUGAGUCCAUCAUUGGGUUACUCAAACUCCAUGAACUACCCAUCCAGAGCUCAGGGGAGCAUGUACAGCACUCCACUAGGUCACCCCUCUCCAUCCUGUCACGGACCUCCACCUCGCCUGCCGCCCCACAACACAAGACUGCACGCCCCCCCAAAACACACACAUCUGAAGACAGAACCUGUUCUGGGCAGUGUGAUGGACAGAAUUAACAUUAAGAACCUGGAGGAGCAUUCAGAGGGAGAUGUGGCGAGUCCAUCUUCAACUGGAACACAGGAUCCUCUUCUGGGUCUGCUAGAGGGCAGGGAUGAUCUCGAUAAAGAGGAGAAACCAGAACCAGAGGCCAUUUAUGAGACCAAUUGCUACUGGGAGAGCUGCAGCAAAGAGUUCGACACACAGGAACAACUUGUGCAUCACAUCAAUAACGAGCACAUACACGGCGAGAAGAAGGAGUUUGUGUGUCAUUGGAAGGACUGUUCUCGAGAACAGAGACCGUUCAAAGCGCAGUACAUGCUUGUCGUCCAUAUGCGCAGACACACUGGGGAGAAACCUCACAAGUGCACUUUUGAAGGCUGUAAUAAAGCAUACUCUCGUCUGGAGAACCUGAAGACUCAUCUGCGCUCACAUACGGGUGAGAAACCAUACGUCUGUGAGCACGAGGGCUGCAACAAGGCUUUCUCCAACGCGUCAGACCGAGCCAAGCAUCAGAACCGAACACACUCCAAUGAGAAACCGUACGUCUGUAAGAUUCCUGGCUGUACAAAGCGCUACACCGAUCCGAGCUCUCUUAGGAAGCAUGUGAAGACGGUACACGGACCUGAAGCUCACAUCACUAAAAAGCACCGUGGAGACACCGGGCCACGACCCCCAGGCUCCAGCCUGACCCCUGCAGGUCAAGAGAUGCUGAUCGAGAAAGAAGAGAGAAGCAGAGAAGACUGCAAACUACUCGCUCCAGAAAACACACUGAAAUCUCAGCCAAGCCCUGGUGGCCAGUCAUCCUGCAGUAGUGAACGUUCUCCAAUUGGCAGUGCUAACAACAAUGACAGUGGUGUUGAGAUGAACCUGAAUGCAGCGGGUAGUCUUGAGGACCUGACAACGCAAGAGGAGACCAGGAACACUGGUCUGUCAGAGUCAAGUGGUGGUGUUGGGUCAGGGGGAAUGUGCAUGUCUGUACAGGCCUUGAAGAGGCUGGAAAACUUAAAGAUUGACAAACUGAAACAGAUUCGCCGGCCAACAUCACCCGGGCGGAGUACAGGGAAUAAACUACCAGCCCUCUCAGCCCCAGGAGAGAUCAUAGGCAUGUGUGCGCCCUCACCUUUGCUCUCCAACCGUCGUGUCAUGGAGCUUUCUGCCCCAGAGCUGGGUGGAGUUGGCGGGAUGGGUAUGUCAUGCCCACCAAACGAUCGGCGUGGCAGUGGCACCAGCAGCCUCAGUUCAGCCUACACAGUGAGCCGUCGUUCAUCCAUGGUCUCUCCCUAUCUAUCGAGUAGACGCUCCAGUGACGUGUCUCAGGUGGGUCAGAGUGGUCUCUGCCAGUCUGUGAUGGGUAAUGAUGUGCCUGGUGGCCCACUGUCUCCUCAGAACAGCCAAAGAGGUGGACCAUGCCAGAAUGCUGGUGGGUUGCCAGGUCUACCGAAUCUCACCCCUGCGCAGCAGUACAGUCUGAAGGCUAAAUAUGCAGCUGCAACCGGUGGCCCACCACCCACCCCUUUACCCAACAUGGACCAACCUUGCACUCCCGGCAGACAUGUCAGAUUCUUAAGAGAAUGCCAUGGCCAGCCUCUUCCUCCAUUCCUGCAGCAAGGGGGCACAAGAAGGCACAGUGCCAAUACUGAGUAUGGCACAGGAGUGAUCUACCCGCAUCAGGCACCGGGAAACAACACAAGACGUGCCAGUGACCCAGUACACUCAGGCAGUGACCCACAGGGCUUACCCAAAGUGCAACGCUUCAACAGUUUGAGUAACGUGUCCCUCAUGAGUCGCCGCAAUGCACUGCAGCAGUGUGGGUCGGAUGCCACUCUCAGCAGGCAUUUGUACUCACCGCGCCCACCGAGCAUUACUGAAAAUGUCAUGAUGGAAGCCAUGGCCAUGGACUCUCAUGGGAACGCCGCAGAAAGCAACAUGACGCAGGGUGGAGACCAAGCCUACAUGGGUUACCAACAACCUCAGCACCACCCUCACAAUGCUGGCCAGCUCUCUCCUGGACAAGAAGGCCUGGGAAGCAUUGAUCAAGUCUACCAGACUCAGAUGGAAGGCCAGUACCAGGGCCAGACUGACAUUGCAAACAGUCUUCUACAGCAGGCAGAGUACAGCAUGAGCACCUGUCAACUCAGCCCAUCUGGUCCACAUUAUCCCAGCCAGGGGCAGCCGAGCAAUGGGUCAGGGCCCUGGGGACAGACCGGCCAGCUCCAUAGCCCCCAGACUGGCUUGCAAUACCAGGGUGGAGUCAUGCAAGGGCAGCACUACCCUCAACAGGGUGUAUACAAUCCUACCUCUGACCCUCAGAGAGUUACGAUAAAACCAGAGCAGUUCCAUCCCUCCAUGGGAGCAUCGAGUUCCUGCCAGAAUACCAAAACUCUACACCAGCAUCACCAUACGGGGAAUAUACAGGGUUAUCCACCGCAGUCACAAGCCCAAGGCUUAAUGGGAAGAUCUUCCAAUGCUAACUGUGAUUUCCAUCAUGGCCAGACAGGAACACAAGCCAGUCUUCAGCAGCAAAGCCAAACUGGAUCAUUCCCCAACAGUGGAGGUGUAAGUCUCGGCUCACUGACAGAGAGCCGCAGGACGCAGACACCGAUGCAUCAGAUGAAGGAGAUGAUGGUGAGGAACUACGUGCAGUCACAGCAGGCUCUAUUGUGGGAACAGCAACAGGAACUAUCUGGGAAGACAGACAGCUUGGACUUGGGGGGACAAACAGCGAUGAUGCAGCACAGCCCUCAAAAUCAACAAGCCAACCAGAUGCUUUAUCAUGGCAACACUUACCAAGGUUACCCAAAUCAGAGUGUGAUGAGCCCACCACACAAUCGAGUUCCCAGUUCAGUGCCAGUUAAGGACCAUUCCUGCUAUGGCCAGGACAUGGUGCCACGGCCACCUCAAGGGAGGAAGCCGCUGAGUCGCCAGAACAGCCUUUAUAGCCUGGGAAGCCCACCUCAACUCAGUCCCAUCCACUCCACCACCAGUCCUAGAAGAGCGGUACGAUUGCCACCAGUUCAACAACAACAGCAGUAUUCAGAAAACUUCACCAAUAAUAACAAUCCCAUGUACUACACAGGUCAGAUCCACAUGCAUCAUGACAUAGAAAAGACUCUGGAAUCCCAGGAUGAUCCAUGUCUGGCUCAGCAACACCUGACAGGGAUGGACCCUGGUGAAAAACCUUCUUCGAUGGUCUACUCCGACCCCGCGCCAAUGUCUAAUGCCUUAGAACACCUGGACUUGGAGAAUGCUCAGAUUGACUUUGCUUCCAUUAUCGAUGACCCUGAGCCUUCAACUUACAGUCCAAUAAAUCCCCCGAUGGGACACCACCCAUGCUCCUCUCAGACAUCCUCCCGUCUCACCACACCCCAGACAUCCAUCACUCUGCCUAGUGGCCUCUCCAAUAUGGCAAUCGGUGACAUGACCUCUAUGUUGACAUCUCUUGCUGGGGAGAACAAAUAUUUGAACACUCUGUCUUAAAGAGUUUGUUUAUAUAAUUGGAGAAGGUCCUAAUAGUCAAUUUUUGAAUGUGGACUCUUGACACUAAAUGCUCCUGAGAUGCCAUCAUGACACCAAAGGUUCCUGGAGCCUCCCUCUAGAUGCCGUAUGCUAUAAAAUACAUGUGCUGUACGAUGCUGUAGAGGUUGGAUGGUUCUGCUUGUGCCCUUCACGGUCUCUCACAGAUGUUGUGUUUGGUGUAAAAGUUUUAAUUGUAUAAAAUAUGUUUCUAAGCAUUACCACAAAGGUCUACAAAGGAGUGCAACAGUGCCUGCCCACUUUUCAGCCGUCUUGGUUCUGGAAGUGAGUUGUAAGCCAUGAACCAAACCAACCAGCUCAGGUGAAUCACAACAUUACAAACUUUGAUUUAAAACAAAAAAGUGUUUGAAAAUCAGCUAAAAAGACAAAAGGUACAAGACUGUGUCAUUAAUGUUUUUAAUAAGGUAAUGACUACAAUCCCAUGAAGCACUGUGAAUUACGUAACUGAAUUAAAGUGAUAGUUCACCCAAAAAUUUUAAUUUUCUCAUAAUUUACUCACUCUCAUGCACUCCCAGAUGUGUAUGACUUUCUUUCUUCACAAAUUAUUAUUUUAAGAAGAUUAUUUCAGUUCUGUAGGUCCAUACAAUGCAAGUGAAUGGUGACCAAAAUGUUUACGCACCAAAAAGCACAUAAAGGCAGCAUAAGUGUUUUAAUCCCUAUUUCUCUUAGCGAUAUGAUAGGUGUUGGUGAGAAGCAGACCAAUAUUUAAGUCAUUUUGUGCUUGAAAUUCUUUUCCCUGUCCAGUAGUUGGCGGUAUGCAUGAAGAAUAUGAAUCACCAAAAACUCAAGAGGAAGAAUGUGAGGGGGCCUGGGUAGCUCAGCGAGUAUUGAUGCUGACUACCACACCUGGAGUCGUGAGUUCGAAUCCAGGGUGUGCUGAGUGACUCCAGCCAGGUCUCCUAAGCAACCAAAUUGGCCCGGUUGCUAGGGAGGGUAGAGUCACAUGGGGUAACCUCCUCAUGGUCACAAUUAGUGGUUUUCGCUCUCAAUGGGGCACGUGGUAAUUUGUGUGUGGAUUGCGGAGAGUAGCAUGAGCCUCCACAUGCUGUGAGUCUCUGCAGUGUCAUGCACGAGUCACGUGAUAAGAUGCGCGGAUUGACGGUCUCAGAAGCGGAGGCAACCGAGACUUGUCCUCUGCCACCCGGAUUGAGGUGAGUAACCGCCCCACCACGAGGACCUAAUAAGUAGUGGGAAUUGGGCAUUCCAAAUUGGGAGAAAAGGGGAUAAAAUAACAUUUAAAAAAAAAGAAAAAGAGGAAGAGGAAGAAUGUGAAAGUGAUCUGUUUCUCACCCACACCAAUCAUAUCGCUUCUGAAGAUAUUAAUUUAACUACUGGAGUCUUAUGGAUUACUUUUGUGCUGGUUUAUGGAAUUUUUGGAGCUUCAAAAUUAUGUCACCAAUUCACUUGCACUGUAUGGACCAAAAGAGCUGAGAAAUUCAUCUAAAAAUCUUCAUUUGUUUUCUGCAGAAGAAAGAAAGUCAUACACAUCUGGGGUGAUAUAAGGGUAAGUAAAUGAUGAGAGAAUUUAUAUUUUUGGGUGAACUAUCCCUUUAAAAACGAUGGGAAGAUAAGCUAUUGAUUUAAAGUUGUUGGUUAUAAGUAUAGAAGCAUUUUGUUUGUGCAAAAUGUUCAGAUAGUUUCAAAUAUACAAGUAGUUUGAGAGUGUAGGAAGAGAGACUUGAUUGCAUCAUUCACAGUGCAUCAUGGGAGUGUGCGGUUGCUGCAAAGCCCUUUUGGCAUGCUUUGCUGGCCGCGAUUCUCUGAUUGGUGGAUCAUUUCCUUCAGGAUCAUGGGUAGUGUAGAUCUUCACCAGGAAUUCUGCUAGUUAAUGCUGUUUUUUUAAAACAAAGUUGAAAUAACGUGGACUGAUGGCUUCAGCAGAAGCUUAUACCAUCAAUUAACAACCUCAGAGCUCAUGGUAGGUCUGCCUUUAAAGGUUUAUAAGUCAUAGUUAAAAUUCGCCUAUGGAAAAAUUGAAAGGGAUUUUUACUUCCAGAACAAGACUGUUGCGCUCUAUUAUUUAAGGGGCAUUCCGGUCACUAAUGUAUGACUGUUUAUGAUAGAAAUCUUUAUUAAAAUGUAAAUAUAUGAGCAUUUGACUGUAAAUGGAAGAAAAGUUACAAAAAGAUUUUUUGAAACAUAUCUGAACUUGGCUGACAAAAAAGUGAGCUCAUUUCAUUUGUGGGUUCGCUGGUAGGCACUCUCUCCAGUAGUAUUGGUGAAGACAGGACUCAAGUGCCUUUGACCAUUGUGGCGUAACAUUUUUGAUUCCUCACAGGUACAACAUGUCAGAGUAAAAGAGAUGUUAUAAUGCAUGGACAGUCAGACAGAUAUAAACACUCUGACAGUAUAAGAGAAAGGCAGGAAUAAAGUGUUACUGGAAAAACUUGCUAAAGCUCAUAGCUAAGUGUCAUAAUGGCAGAUUACAUAACAUUAUCUUUCUAGGUCUAGACCAGAUUAAGCCUUUGAGUCAUUGAUUCAAAGGUUUGUUUUAUGAUUAUUUGACGAUGUUUAUUUGACCAGUCUGCUUUCAGACAGGUACAUUAAAAGGUAACGUCACUGAGUUACGAAUUUGGUAAGGUUUUCAUUUGUCUACGUUGCGCUACAUAACCCAAGCUAGCAUGCAUAUGCAUCGCACUGACAACAGCACUGAGCUGAGGAAAAGUGAUGAACAAAUAUUCAUUUUUUGAUUCUAUAGAGUAUGGCAAUUACAUGCAAUGAAGGUACUUGAUGUCAUUCACUUGACUUUUGUCAAGCUAUUGGUUUUAAGUCCUCCAUAGACCUUUUUCACAGACUGUGAUGACGCCUUAUUUAGCAGCGUAAAUCUAGCAGUUUAUAACAUCAUGCUUUGUGUUAUAUUACCCUGGAAUCAGUUUUAAAAAAUGAAUUACUACAGCUGUGAGGGGGUUCCGAUUACAGCUGCUGAGAGAGUAAAUUUGGCUUAAUCCACCACUCUCAAUUUUUGUUUCUUCUGGAAAGUCAAUCAAAUGUUAUAGUGGAUUUUUCUUUUGUUCUUUGAGCAAAUGGGUAAGUGAGAAUAAUAUUUGCUGUGAUCUCCCAGUCACCGCUGUCGAAGUUUACCCUGCAAACGUUUACUUCCGCGUUCCAAAACCCGCAGUGUGAGAAAGGUCUAUUAUUUCUACAUUGUGCCUAACUUGUCUGAAGAAUUAUUUUUCAUUGAGUGUUAUAGAGGGGCUCAGUAUGGACGCGACCCUUAAAAAAACCCCAGUGUUUCUACUUGCUGUGGCAUACCAAAGAUGACUGGCACAUGCACCCUUGAUUCACACUAGAAACAGCAUCAUGUGCUUCCAUAUUGCUGUGAUAAAGAAUGUAUUGGAGUUCUUCUUUAUUAUUUUCUCUUUUCUAAAGAAAAAAAAAACAUUUUGUGAUUGUUGCAUUUCUGUGUGUUUUUAUAUCUGUCACAGUUCACUCAAACUUUUUUGCUGGCAAAAGUACAUAACAUAGUAACAGUUUUAUAACAUUAGCAUUUACCUCGUCUAUUUACAAAGAAACUAAGUGAUAUUUUUGCGUACCGUUUUCUAAAUUUUUGUACAAAGGUACUUCUAUAUUAUACCAGUUUAUAAAUAAACAGAGCCUGUGAUGGA